GCCCCACCGCGCGCCCUGAGCCCGCCGGGGCCUCGGCGGGGAGAUGAACGCGCCGCUGGACGGCCUGUCGGUGAGCUCGUCCUCCACCGGCUCGCUGGGCUCGGCGGCCGGGCCGGGCGGCGGCGGGGGCGCGGGGCUGCGGCUGCUGUCUGCCAACGUGCGCCAGCUGCACCAGGCGCUGACGGCGCUGCUGAGCGAGGCGGAGCGGGAGCAGUUCACGCACUGCCUGAACGCGUACCACGCGCGCCGCAACGUCUUCGACCUGGUGCGCACCCUGCGCGUGCUGCUGGACAGCCCGGGCAAGCGGCGCCUGCUGCCCAUGCUGCGUCUGGUCAUCCCGCGCUCCGACCAGCUGCUCUUCGACCAGUACACGGCCGAGGGCCUCUACCUGCCCGCCACCACCCCCUACAGGCAGGCCGCCUGGGGCGCCCCCGACGGCGCGGGGCCCGGGGAGGUGCGCCUGGUGAGCCUGCGGCGCGCCAAGGCCCACGAGGGCUUGGGCUUCAGCAUUCGCGGGGGCUCGGAGCACGGCGUGGGCAUCUACGUGUCGCUGGUGGAGCCAGGCUCUCUGGCCGAGAAGGAGGGGCUGCGAGUCGGGGACCAGAUUCUGCGUGUCAACGAUAAAUCCCUGGCCCGGGUGACCCACGCUGAGGCCGUCAAGGCUCUCAAGGGCUCCAAGAAGCUGGUACUGUCAGUGUACUCGGCGGGGCGCAUCCCCGGGGGCUACGUCACCAACCACGUCUACACCUGGGUGGACCCGCAGGGCCGCAGCAUCUCCCCGCCCUCCGGCCUGCCCCAGCCCCACGGCAGCGCCCUGAGGCAGCGCGAGGGGGACCGGAGGAGCACCCUGCACCUCCUGCAGGGCGGGGACGAGAAAAAGGUGAACCUCGUGCUGGGGGAAGGCCGGUCCCUGGGCCUCACGAUCCGCGGGGGAGCCGAGUAUGGCCUGGGCAUUUACAUCACUGGCGUGGACCCAGGCUCCGAAGCAGAAAGCAGUGGGCUCAAGGUUGGGGACCAGAUUCUGGAGGUGAAUGGGCAGAGCUUUCUCAGUAUCCUGCACGACGAAGCGGUCAGGAUGCUCAAGUCUUCCCAGCACCUCAUCCUGACAGUGAAGGACGUCGGGAGGCUGCCCCAUGCCCGCACCACCGUGGACGAGACCAAGUGGAUUGCCAGUUCCCGGAUUGGGGACACCGCCACGAACUUGGCAGGGUUUCCUGGGGAUCUCAUACCUGAAGGGACAGACAAGCUGGGGUUUUACAAGGGGCCAGCCGGCUCCCAGGUGACGCUGAGCAGCCUGGGGAACCAGACGCGCGUGGUGCUGGAGGAGCAGGCCCGGCAUCUGCUGAGCGAGCAGGAGCGCGCCACCAUGGCCUACUACCUGGAGGAGUACCGCCUCGGCAGCGUCUCCGUGGACGCCCUCGUCAUGGCUCUGUGUGAGCUGCUCAACACCCACGCCAAGUUCUCGCUCCUGUCCGAGGUGAGGGGCACCAUCUCCCCGCAAGACCUGGACCGCUUCGACCACCUGGUGCUGAGGCGGGAGAUUGAGUCAAUGAAGGCGCGGCAGCCCCCGGGCCCUGGGGCCGGGGACACCUACUCCACGGUCUCCUACAGCGACACGGGCUCGUCCACGGGCAGCCACGGCACCUCCACCACCGUCAGCUCGGCCAGGAACACUCUGGACCUGGAGGAAACUGGCGAGGCUGUCCAGGGCAAUGUGAACGCCCUCCCGGAUGUGUCCCUGGAUGAUGUCAAAUCCUCCUCCGAGGGGCUGCCGCCGGCCCCCCCACCUCUGGGCCGAGGCCACGACCACCGCUCGCUCCCGCAGAGGAAGCCGCUUUCCUCCGCAUCUUCCCACUCGGGCAUCGUCUUCUCGGCUCCGCGGAGCCAUGGCCCGCCGGCGGGCACCGCCCCGGCCCCGGAGGCACCCUCGGCUCAAGACUCGCCCUCCUCCCCCAUCUACGCCUCCGUCUCGCCUCCCAAGCCCGGCUCCAAGAGGCCACUGGACGCCCACCUGGCCCUGGUCCACCAGCACCCCAUCGGCCCCUUCCCGAGGGUCCAGUCCCCCCCGCACCUGCAAAGCCCCCCUGCAGAGGCCGUGCAGGCGGGGGGCUGCCUGCUGCCACCCUCGCCCUCCGGCCGCCCGGACCAGACGGGCACAAACCAGCACUUCGUCAUGGUGGAGGUGCACCGGCCCGACAGCGAGCCCGACGUGAACGAAGUCAGGGCGCUGCCUCAGACGCGCACAGCCUCCACACUCUCCCAGCUCUCGGACAGCGGGCAGACCCUGAGUGAGGACAGUGGUGUGGACGCCGGCGAGGCAGAGGCCAGCGCCCCAGGCCGAGGCAGACAGAUGGCGUCCACCAAGAGCAGGAGUAGCAAGGAGCCACCUCGGAACGAGAGGACCACAGAGGGGGCCCCCAAGCCGCCUGGCCUCCUGGAGCCCACGUCCACCCUGGUCCGUGUGAAGAAAAGUGCAGCCACCCUGGGCAUCGCUAUCGAGGGGGGCGCCAACACCCGCCAGCCCCUGCCGAGGAUCGUCACGAUUCAGCGAGGUGGCUCGGCCCACAACUCUGGGCAGCUCAAGGUGGGCCAUGUGAUCCUGGAAGUGAAUGGGGUGACGCUUCGGGGCAAGGAGCAUCGGGAGGCCGCGCGCCUCAUCGCAGAGGCCUUCAAGACCAAGGAGCGGGACUACAUCGACUUUCUGGUCACCGAGUUCAACGUGAUGCUGUAGGGGCCAAGGCCCGCGGGCCUCCCACGGCCGCCUGGCCCCCGGCCCUGGUCCUCCUCCCUCCUGGCAUGAUUAAGCUCUGCGAGGGCUGGGGCUGCAUGGCCAGGGUGGCAGGAAGAUCUCCCCGUACUCCUUCCCGGUCCACUGGACCAGAACCGGGAGAAGAGAGCCGGGCGGGCAAACAGAGGUCGGGUCAGGAUCUGGUGCCGUGCCCAGUACACAGCAGGCGCUAUACAAGUGUGGGUUUCGGGAUGGGGAAAAGGAAGGGCUGGGCAGAGCACCUGUGUCUUGACACUGCACCUGAGGCCUGCCAGGGCCUGUUACUCUGGGUUGGAUGGGGCACUGCUGCCCCCUGGCCAGCUAGGACCCGGCCCAUCCCCAGACGCCAGAGCCUUCAUCUGGAGUGGGUCACGCAAGGAUUCGUGGACAUGGCCCCCAGCUGGGGGGCGUCUUGCAGGACCUUAGUGCCACAAAUAAGCACCGAGCCGCCCCCCAUUCAGAUCCCCCCUCCCAGCUCCUUGUCCCCAUGGUAUUUAUUAUUUAUUUCCCUCUCCACACCCCUGGGGACCCCAGCUUCCCACUGCACCCCCAGCCUACCCCAGAGGCCUUGCAGGUGACCAGCGACGUCAGUGUAUUUAUAUACAGAGCUUAUGACUUUAAUUUUUCAAUAAAGAGAUCUG